ACUCGACGACACUAUGGCUGCCACUCGUCCAUCAGACGCUGUUCGCAGCUGCUAUCCGCCUUUCGCCCGGAAGGACUCUCGCUGCCCUUCCAGCAACGCUAGCGCCUCCCACCAGCCUCACCACCAGUUGCGGAAGGCUAUGGAGUCACGAUUGGCAGCGUCGUCGGGGGCAGUCUCGUCGAAGGCAGCGCUCGCCUCGAGCUCCCAGGCGUCGUCUGCCCCGUCGUCGGCUCCGCGUGUGAUUCCGAAAUCUCGCAGCAGCGGGGCGCUUCUCGCCUCUGUAUCCAUCCCUUAUAAAACAAGAGCUCCAUCCCCCCUCGCUCCUCCUGCCGAAUCAUCCGCCGCCGCCUCGUCGUCCUUGUCUGGUAACCAGACGGUUGCGACGGACCCUUUUUCGCGUCUGCCGGACGACGUGGUUAUUGACAUUCUUUCGCAUCUGGGCGGCGGUGCGCCCGACGUGCUAGCAGCGUCGAUGACGUGUCGCCGCUUUCAGUCGCUCACCCGCUCCAUCCCCGUCUUGCGAUUCGUCCCGCGCGACUCAAGCCGGGCGGGCGGAAGCGACUGCGCCUCCACGCUCCCCGCAUGUUCCGCCAUCCAACGCGAGGAGCUUCUGCAGUCGCUCGUGCUCUCCCGGUCCCUCAACGCCGCCGCAAAUGGCGGCGGGUCUACGACAAUCAACGUCUGGGAGAACGAGGACCUCAGCAUGCAUCUCGGGCACAUUUCCCGCCACUGCAAGUCCCUGCGGUCGCUCACUCUCGGGUCGCUUUCGCUCGCAGCGCCCGCGCUCGAGUCGUGCCUCCGUCCCAUGCCCAACUUGCAGGAUUUGUCGCUUUCCUGGAUCCAUCUGACCAAUGAGUGCCUCCAGAUGAUUCUUGACGCGACUCCGAAUCUCCGCCGGUUGACGAUAUUUAUGGCGACGGGCUGCCCGCAGAUUUCUCUUCGUCUGCCCGCUUCGUUGGAGCACGUCGACUUCGCAUACCUGCGCGCCGAGUCGUGCUCGUUCGUCUCCGCCGCCUCGCUGAGAUCCGUGUCCAUUCGCGACAUGUUCGUGCGGUCGGUUACCAUUCGCCAAGCCCCUCGCCUGCGCUAUUUCGCCAUCGCCAGCGCCAGCCUCCUGGAGGUGUCCGCACCCGAGUCGUGCGAAAUUACCAACCUCGAUUUGAAAGCGGGCUCCUUCUGCUGGUCUUCGCUACAAUCACUCCUUCGCGGAUGCGGCACGACUCUUAACUCUCUCGCUCUCGAUUUCUUCACCGCGGGAUCCGGAGCUGUCUCGUCGGGAAUCUUCUCCCUCUUCUGGCUCGCCGCCAUGUGCCCCGCGCUUCGCGCCUUGAAUCUCGGCUCGCUGCCGUGGCAGCUCGUCCUCUCCUGGGCGACGACCUCCGGCGCGCUUCAGCCGGCGGGACCCGCGGCGGGAUCUGCGGCGCGGUGGCCGCAGCUGGAGGAGCUGAAGCUCAAGGUUCAGGAGCAGAGGCCCGAGGCGCUGCUGCUGCUGCACGCGCUUCUGUCGAAUGUCCCUACAUUGAAGUCGCUUCAAGUGGCGACUGCAGUGGAUGAGGAGGAAGAAGAGGAAGAGGAGGUCGAGGAGGGGGAGGAAGAGGAGGAGGAGGAAGAUGAGGAAUUCGAGGAGGGGGAGGAGUGUGAGGAGUACGAGGGAGAGGAGGUUGAGGAAGCAGAGGAGUGUGAAGCAGAAUACGAAGAUGACGUGGACGAGGAUGAUUUGAUGGAAGUGGAGGAGGGUGCGGAGAGCUCAGACGAGUAUGACGACGAAGAUGAAAGCAUGCCAAUCAGGUCUGGCGGACCUGCCGUUCAGCGUCACAUGAGCCGGCAGGAGCUGUUCCUCAAGGGGCUUGUGUGCCUGCAGCAACGGUUUUCUGACGUUAACGUCUUCCUUCCGUUGCUCGCUCGACGGUCAACCUCGUGA